CUGCAUGUAACACAUUUUAAUGUACUCCUUGAGUGGCUAUUUUUGUGACGUUACACCCCAUUCUUAACAAAACCUGCAACUGUCCGUGAAUUACGUUGUUGUUGGGGGUUUUUAUCUUUUUUUUUUAUUAUUCUUUUUUUUUUAGGUUUCGUGCAAUUGGAUUUACUGUUAUUGCGUCAUUCAUCGUGACGCAUAUCGCAAGCACGAUCGCCCUAGUUCUGAAAUAUGACGCCAAUCUCUUGCAUAAUAAUGCGGAAUAUUACAACCUCAUCUACAUUCGUCCUUACACCCGGAUCGGUACGUACGCCAUCGGCCUCGCCCUGGGUUACGCCCUACAGAAGACGAACCGUACUUUUCCAAUAAGUCGGAAGAUGCAGGUGCUCGGGUGGAUGUGCUCUGUCGCGGUUGCCCUGACAACGCUGUACGCGAGGUACGGCGAAAUGACGAGUCCAGGUGACUGGAAUGCGGGUCAGCGCGCUGCCUUUGAGACGGGAAGUCGAAUUGGGUGGGCGCUAUCCGUCUGCUGGGUGAUUCUCGUCUGCGCAACCGGAAGUGGAGGUCUGGUGAAUUCUGUUCUCUCCUGGGAGGGCUGGCUGCCUCUGUCUCGUCUCACCUUCGGAGCCUACCUCAUACACAUCUUAGUCAUGGUGUACGACGUCAACACACACAGAGUCAGAGGAUACAUCACUCUCUACUACAUUAUUUCAAAGUUCUUUGGAUUUUGCACUGCGACCUAUCUUUUUGCAUUUGUGAACGCGUUGGUGGUAGAAGCGCCUCUUCUGGGUAUAGAGAAAAUACUUCUUAAAAAACGAUAAAUAUAUUGAUGGAAAGAUAUAAGGGAUCAUACCACCACUAACUUGGGGGAGUGACGUCAACCAAAACUCUUAUCGAAAUGGUCAGGUCCCCAGUUUACGAAGUGAUCUUAGCGUUAAGGUCAUCUUAAUCGCAUUAGGUAGUUAUGCACUUAAGGUAAUCUUAGCGCAAAGAUCGCUUCUUAACUCAGGUGUCCAGGACGUUAAUCGAGUUAUUGGCAUUAAAUCUGACAUCACUGACAAUCAAUCCACCAUUUGACUCGUGCUUACAUCCACUGAAGGUUCAAGCACGACUGUCCUGGGCACAUUCUCCGAGAUUCCCCUUUGAUGUGUCCAAGACAGGGAAUAUUAACAUUCAAUUUAUAAAGAUACUAAUACGCUAAUAGUCACUGAAAUCUAGCCUAUAAUA